CUUGGUUGAGACUAAGGCGUGGACUUUUUGCUGGUUUAUGUUUCAUCAGAUCCACCAACCCAACCAUAACGUAAGAUUGUACAAGCAUCACAAAACCUUCAAACUUUUUCCUGUUUCCAAAUUAAGACACAGAGACACAACUAAUUUUUUCUCUUUUUUCUGCUUUCAUCACUAACUUCCACUCAAUUACCCACCGGGAUGGCUGGCGCCGGAAAUGGGGGCCUCCCGCCGUGGAAGGAGGCGCCGCCGCCGCCUCGACCCACCAUCAGCCUCCCUCCGCGGCCUGCUUCCAUGGACACCCUUUUCACCGGCGGCUUCAGCCCCGGCCCCAUGACUCUUCUCUCCAACUUUCUCGCUGAUGGGGAUGACUGCAAGUCCUUCUCUCAGCUCCUCGCCGGAGCUAUGACGUCUCCGGUCACCGGCGCCGCCGUACUUGACUCACCUGCUGGCCUCUUCUCGCCCAAUCAGGUGUCUUUUGGAAUGACACACCAGCAGGCCCUAGCACAGGUCUCAGUUCAGGCUGCACACACCAACUCAAAUAUCCACAUCCAGCCUCAACAUUCACUGCCUCUAUCAGUAUCACAGGUUCCUGCAGCAGCUGCUUCCAACACCACACAACACCUGAUACCACCCUUAUCUGCAGACUCUUGGGCUGCAAUGGCCGAAUCCGCCGAUCAUUCUCACGCCGAACAAAGAUCUCAAUCUUCAUCGAUGAACGUCGACAAGCCUGCAGAUGAUGGCUACAACUGGAGGAAGUAUGGCCAGAAACAGGUGAAGGGUAGCGAGUUUCCUAGAAGCUAUUACAAGUGCACACAUCCAAACUGUCCUGUGAAGAAAAAAGUGGAGCGGUCGCUUGAGGGUCACGUAACUGCGAUUAUAUACAAAGGAGAACACAAUCACCAACGUCCUCAGCCUAACAAGCGCUCCAAAGACACCAUCAUGGCUUCAAAUGAAAAUGAAAAUGUGCAAGGGAAUGUGGAUUCAUCUCAUCAAGGGGCAAGCACAAACUCGAUGAUGAAGAUGGAUCCUGAGUCGAGUCAGGCAACGGCAGAUCGGCUAUCAGGAACAAGUGACAGUGAGGAAGUUGGUGAUCAUGAAACUGAAGUUGAUGAGAAGAAUGUUGAGCUUGACCCCAAGAGGAGAAAAACAGAAGUCAUGCACUCAGAUCCAGCUUCUUCACAUAGGACUGUCACUGAGCCCAGAAUCAUUGUGCAAACAACAAGUGAAGUUGAUCUCUUAGAUGAUGGGUAUAGAUGGCGAAAAUAUGGGCAGAAAGUUGUCAAAGGCAACCCAUAUCCUAGGAGCUAUUACAAAUGUACAACCCCGGGUUGUAAUGUGAGAAAGCAUGUGGAAAGGGCUUCAACAGAUCCUAAAGCUGUCAUAACAACAUAUGAAGGAAAACACAAUCAUGAUGUGCCAGCAGCCAAGACUAACAGCCACACUAUGGCCAGCAAUACUGCAUCACAGUUAAAAUCACAGAAUUCCAAUCCUGAGAAGCAUAGUUUUGGCAGCAGAGAUACCGGUGGCAACGAACAACAGCCGGUGGCGCGUCUACGGCUGAAGGAAGAGCAGAUAACCUAGUGAGCUGGAAGAACUUAAUGCCUGAAGGAAGAAUGUGUCUCACCUCACAAGUCAUCUUUAUUUUGAUGCUAUUGCAUUCUUUUUAGUCUUAGGCCUAAGUUUUGAUCAUGACCUAUCAGUGCAAUUCCUAAUAAACAAAUACUCAACUAGUUCAACACUUUUCUCUUCCAGUUUUCCCUCCACAACCACAUCCUGAUGAAAGAGGUAAGGACUACAGGUUUAGUCUGCACAGCCAAUACAGGUUUUGGAUGAUGUUGUACUAUUAUUACCUUGUGUACAUUGAGAAUGUAAGUUAUGUUGUUUAAUAUAGUUCAUCAUUUCAU